AGAGGUGGCGAGGAUUUAAAUCGUCAUAUCUGAGUUCCUCGGUCUCUCACGUGGUGUUGGCCUAAUCAAUCUUCAUUGGCUAGAGGGCUGAGCAGGCAAGGGUUUGGUACUCCUCUUGACAUGGCUGAGGGCGACGGCUGGCAGCCGCCACGCCCCUGCGAAGCCUAUCGCGCCGAGUGGAAACUCUGCCGCAGCGCUGGGCACUUCCUGCACCACUACUACGUCCACGGCGAGCGGCCGGCCUGCGAGCAAUGGCGACGCGACCUGGACAGCUGCCGCGAGUGGGAGGAGCGACGGAGCGCCGAGGCCCAGCGGUCCCUCUGUGAGAGCGAGCGUAGGAGAGUCCAGGCUGCACGAAAGCACACCCUGGUGUGGACCCCAAGGCAGAGCCCCCCUGCAGACUGGCAUCUCCCUCUGCCACAGGAGGAGAAAGACAAGUGACAAGCACCUUUGCACAGCUUCCUCUGGUCUGUUUCAAGUGGGGCUGUUGUAUGCGACCCUAAGGACUCUGACUUGCCUGAACGUUCCAGUAGUACCUGGGAGCUUCUGCCUGGCUUGAAACACCAAGCACCACAUCCCCAGGGCUACUUGCCCAGCCCUCACCUGCAUUCCCGGCCCCCUGCUGCCAUUGCUCUGGAAGACAGUUUUGCCCACUGCACAGCUUUCAGGAAGCCAAGGGCCAUCGCAAAUUGCUGCGAGCUACAGGUUGGGCUGUCUCAUGCUCUUCCCGCCCACCUCCCAGGGGGACAGCAGCACAGCAGAUGGUCAUCCUGAGGUCUAGAAUUCUCAAGUCAAGUCUUGAGUGGUAGCUAUGACCCCUGGGGACACACAGAGGUGUCAGAAUGAGGAAACUAAGUGGUCGUGCUGCCAAGAACACCUUGCCUAGCCCUGGUUUGGUGAGGACCAUGCAUGGCCAGCCACUGCUCACACAGGUUUGGCUAUGGCCCGCUCACUCGCUCAGGUCCUCUGCAGACACAGAUGGGGCGUACCUCUAGACCAGCAUGCUGCACCUCCUAGGCUCACAGGAGGUGAGAUUCUAGUUUUUAAGAACUGCACACAGCUAAGGACACACCACCUUCAAAAAAAAGUGUUCAUGGAUUCUUGGCUGAAGAAACCCAAACCUGGAAUUUUGGUCUGCUUAACAUUUCCCCUGGUCAUUUUUAGAAAAUGUGGAGUAUGUCAAAGGCUAUUUUACACAUUAGAGUUAAAAGAGAAGCUGAAAUGUAAAUCAACAGUUUUAGUUGUUGGGACUGUUAAAUUUUCUCAUCCGAUGUACUCAGACAGUGUUACAGUGAGGUCGUUAAGGUCGGCCGUAACCCCGCAUGGCUGGAGAGGGAUGACCACGUGAGGACACAGCAAAAAGGUGGCCAUCUAGAGGCCAGAGAGGCCCUCAGAGAAACCAGCCAUGCAGGCUGGCACUUUGUUCUGGCAACCCCAGCACCCUAAUACAGCCACCAUCCCAGACUAACAGUACUCAAGUAAGAGUCCUCAGCCCCAGCGGUCCCACCCUCCUGCGGGACACAGCAGCUUUGUUCAUUAGUGUGUCCCUGGCCUGCUCCACCUUCUUCAGCCUCCCUCCCCAGCUUAAAAUUCGAAGCUGGCCCUGCUGCUGCUGAUGUGAAGAAGUUCAUAUGUCCUGCCUGACCUACCCAUGAAGAUACAGUGCACACAGCCUGCACAUCCUUCACCCGUCUCUUGGGAUCAUUUUAUGCCUCCUGCUGGGGGCAUCUGCCCCACAGAACUGGCAUCUACCUUUUUACUGGGGGACAAUGGUCAAGGUUUGGUCAUCCUCUCCCCAGUACCUGGUGAGG